UCUUGGUUCAAGGGCAGGGAAAGUUACAGGUUUAAUUCCGGCAAAUCAUUAGCGACUGAGAACCGGGAAGGGGCUUCGAUGGCAAAGCGGGACUGUGAGCAUACAUAGCCGAGGAAACCACUGGAGGGAAGACACACACCGCAUUCCACCCGCCUGGAGAAGGGGCUCCUUCUGGCCAUGUCUCCUGUAGCCGCCGCCGAGUCAGAUGGGGUCCAGCGAGACAGGCAUGUCAGCAAGCUCAUCUUCUUCCUUUUUGUCAUGGGCGCCAUCCUGCUGUGCGUGGGAGUCCUGCUCUCCAUCUUCGGGUUCCAGGCGUGCCAGUAUGAAACCCUCCCAGACUGCAGCAUGGUGCUGAAGAUCGCUGGGCCCGCGUGUGCCGUGGUCGGGCUGGGGGCUGUGAUCCUGGCCCGCUCCCGGGCACGACUUCAGCAAAGUGAGGGGCGUCUGCGAGGCAACCAGGGGGACUCCGACCGAGCCUUCCUCUGCGGGGAGAGCCGCCAGUUUGUCCAGUGUCUCAUCUUUGGGUUUCUGUUUCUGACGAGCGGUAUGCUCAUCAGCGUCCUGGGCAUUUGGGUUCCCGGGUGUGGCUCAGACUGGGCGCAGGAACCGCUGAAUGAGACAGACACUGCUGACUCGGAGUCCCAGAUCUGUGGGUUCCUGUCCCUGCAGAUCUUGGGACCCUUGAUCGUGCUUGUGGGACUGUGUUUCUUCGUGGUUGCUCAUGUUAAGAAGAGGAACAACUUGAAUGGGGGCCAGGAUGCUUCCGAAAGUGAAGAGAGACAGCCCCAGCACAUGGAGCCUGUCCAGGUCACCGUAGGCGAUGCUGUGAUAAUAUUCCCACCCCCUCCACCACCUUAUUUUCCUGAGACUUCAGCUGCUGCAGCGUCUCAAGGUCCUGGCGCUGAUGAUUUGCUUCCAAACGAAAGUCCACCUUCGUAUUACAGUAUUUUUCACUAUGGGACUCCGCCUCCUGAGGGCCAAGGUGUGACCUCUGAGAGAGAUUGUGACUCUAUAUAUACUAUUUCUGGGACUGCUCCAUCCUCUGAGACCUCACACACUCCCUCUCUCUCAUCCGAAUUGCCUCCCAGAUACGAAGAAAAAGAAACCGCUGCCACUACAUCCUUGUCUCCAUCUUCUGAGCCUUCCCCACCAUGAACCGUGGACUCCAGUUCAAUUUUAUAUAGAAUCAAUCACUAUUUUAUUUAAUUUGUUUUUUAAUAAAAAAAAGCACAGUA